CUGUUUGUUGGGGAAGCUUCUUCUCCAGUUUCUCCUCCAUCAGCAACUAGAGAAAGAGAGGAGAAAUGGGAAGUUUAUUUUGUUGAUUUUUCUGUGUUUUACGGGUGUCUUGGAUUUCGUCUGAUCUUUCUUAAGCGCAGAAAGUGGAAGGCGAAUCCUCAUCGGGAGUUGCCAUGGGACAAGCCUUCCGCAAGUUGUUUGAUACCUUCUUCGGGAAUAGCGAGAUGAGGGUUGUGAUGCUUGGUCUUGAUGCUGCUGGUAAAACAACAAUAUUGUACAAGCUUCAUAUAGGAGAAGUUUUGUCAACUGUUCCUACAAUUGGCUUCAAUGUGGAAAAAGUGCAGUACAAGAAUGUCAUAUUUACUGUGUGGGACGUUGGAGGUCAAGAGAAAUUGAGGCCAUUGUGGAGGCAUUACUUUAAUAAUACUGAUGGAUUGAUAUAUGUUGUGGACUCAUUGGAUCGAGAGAGGAUUGGUAAAGCAAAGCAAGAGUUUCAGACCAUCAUCAAAGAUCCUUUCAUGCUCAACAGUGUUAUUUUGGUAUUUGCAAACAAGCAGGAUAUGAAAGGAGCAAUGACACCCAUGGAAGUGUGUGAAGGACUUGGGCUGUAUGACCUCAAGAACAGGAGAUGGCAUAUACAAGGGACAUGUGCUCAUAAAGGAGAUGGCCUAUAUGAAGGGCUGGACUGGCUUUCUAGCACUCUCAAGGAGAUUAGGGCUGCUGGAUAUUCUUCAGUAGGACCCUCAUCAUUUUAAUGAACAAGUUACAGGACUAGUGUAUGCUGAUUGUUUUGAAGACGACUCUGCAUCAACCCAGCCCGCUGAUGGAAGCCUUGAAAACUAACUAGGUUCUACAUGUAAAAAUGUGAACUUCAGCUUGUACCUGUUUUUUUCUGACUUGAUCUUUUGAGCUUUUACUUCUAUUGUAUAAUAUACUUAAUAUCCAAGGGACCCUGUCACCAAGAAUGAGUUACUGCUUCUGAAGAUGUAAUUAACCAAUUAUCCUUUGGUGAACACAAUCACCCUCCCAUCUGCCUGCCUCUUUCUCCAAUAUUUUAUUAUUGCCAUCAUAUAUUUUUCAUUUGCUUCUA